AUGUUUAGAAUAUUAUGUUCCACAUGCAUUGCACAAACAUUAGUCAAUGGUGCCUACUGGAGCACACCCGAACAAUAUUAUGGAACAUUACAACAACAACAAUCAGAACAGAGAACAUCACCAACUGAUUCAUCAUUUCAUCAGCAACAGCAACAGCAAAGUCCAUCAGAUAAAGCGCAACGUCUGGUAGGGAUUACACACUCGAUAACUUCUGAUCAAAUACCCAUGUGGAAUGGGUCAAUUGGACCCAUUUUACAUUAUCCAGAUGGCACAUAUUUUGAUGCAACCGAAGGCCGAGAAUGUGUAAAUUGUGGUGCAAUAUCCACACCGUUGUGGCGAAGAGACGGCACAGGACAUUAUUUGUGUAAUGCAUGUGGACUAUAUCACAAAAUCAAUGGGUCAAAUAGACCGUUGAACAAAACACCAAGAAGAUUGUCCACCUCUCGUCGCACAGGCUUGCAAUGUGCCAAUUGCCAAACUCAAAAUACAACUCUAUGGCGAAGAAAUACCGAUGGAGAACCUGUUUGUAAUGCUUGUGGCCUAUACUUUAAACUGCAUGGAAUUGCACGUCCGAUGAAUAUGGUUAAACCUGGUAUUCAAACAAGACGACGAAAACCAAAAUCUGGUACACCAAAAACAAAACAUGGCCAUAUUAAACAUGAAAAACAACCGUCAACAACACAUCAAGAUUAUCCAUCGUUACCAAUGAAUUCAAAAGUGCAAACACAUAACGUUCAAUACAUCCCUCAUUCUCAUGCACACCCACAUUUAUAUCAUCAAUCAUCACAACCACAUCAACAUCAUUCACAAACGCCUUAUAAUAAUUUAGCAUCUAUUGCUCAAUUUUCUAACAUGUUUUCAACAUCAUCCAAUGUCUAUUUAAAUUCUCAAUCACCAGCAGCGAGUUUAAAUACUCUAAAUACUGAUCAACAACAACAACACCUUCAGCGUUCAGUUUCAUCGUCGGUACCUACGACCACCACAUACAAUUUACCAAAUACUUUAAUUCGUCGUUUAUCCAAUAAUGACUCGGCUAAUUCUCAAAUAUUAUUAUCUGAUGCGCUAUCGGGCUUUGAUGCUGAACAUCAUGCAAGAGAAAUAACCAAUGGAAGAACGCCACGAUUAUCAUCGGCAUCCAUUUCGUCCUCGUCUUCUUGUUCAGACGCUCCAUCAUCACCAAAACGAACCAAAACCGAACAUGAAGUAGUAACAUAA